AGAUCCGCUCCGGGGUGAAGGGGUCUCUCCAUGGGGGUUCACGGGGGUUUGGGGAGCGAACCGGAGUCCAUCGACUACUCGGUGCACGAAGCCUGGAACGAGGCCACGAACGUGUACCUGCUGGUGAUCCUGGUCAGCUUCGGCCUGCUCAUGUACCUCCGGAAAAACAAGAGGAAGAUCAUGCGUAUCUUCGCGCUCCCUCCCACCGCCGGCACCAGCCCCGAGCCCAACUUCUACGACAGCCUGCAGAAGGUGCGCCUGCGGCAGCAGCUGGAGAUGUACUCCCUGGCCAGGAAGUUCGAGCAGCAGCAGCAUCAGCACCAGCAGCAGCAGCAGCAGCAGGGCCAGACGGACAGCGUGCAGCUCUCCAUGGAGUAACAGGAAAGACACUGUCAACACACACACACAGCUCCGCCUCCUGUGGUCUUCCUGGGACUCUGAGAAAUGAGAGGAUGAAUCACAGCGAGGAACCAGAGGAAAAUCCGGCAUGAAUUACUGCUUGCACAGGAACCUUUAGUUUUAACUCCAUCUCCACGUUUCUGCUCCUUUGGUUUUGAUCUGUGUUGAUGAGCUGUUUGUAAAAUACUGGUCUGAAAAUGUGAAAAAUUAGAGCGCAUCAACCUGAAGUGACUUCGUGAAUAAAUCGUUUGAUCAUCAAUACAUGAAGGUUCCGACACAUAGCCAUUAUGGAGCAUCCAGCUGCACGCACACACACACACACACCUUGUAAUAUGAUGAGAUGUCAUUAUGUAGUUUUUUUUGUGAAAUAAAAUGAAACAUGUUAAACAUUGACAGUAUCAAAGUAUUAAAGUCAGACUUUUGCUGUAAAACA